AUGUCUAUCACCGAGCAGACCUUCAUUGCCAUCAAGCCCGAUGGCGUCCAGCGUGGACUAGUCGGCCCCAUCAUCUCCCGCUUCGAGUCCCGAGGCUUCAAGCUGGCUGCCAUCAAGCUCGUCACCCCGGGCAAAGAGCACCUCGAGAAGCACUAUGACGACCUCAAGGAGAAGGCCUUUUUCCCCGGCCUGAUCGCCUACAUGAACAGCGGCCCGAUCGUCGCUAUGGUCUGGGAGGGUCUUGAUGCCGUUAAGACCGGCCGCUCCAUCCUUGGUGCUACCAACCCCCUGGCAUCUGCCCCGGGUACCAUUCGCGGAGACUAUGCCCUUUCCAUGGGACGCAACGUCUGCCACGGCUCCGACAGCGUCGAGAACGCCAAGAAGGAGAUUGCUCUGUGGUUCAAGGAGGGCGAGGUUGUUAGCUGGAAGUCUGCUCAGGAGAACUGGGUCUUUGAGUAA